AUGCAAUCUACCAACGAAUACGGACAGGGCAAGUCCCACGCCAGCGGCGAAUCCAAGGUUCCUGGCAAAGUCCAGGAAGCCGCUCCUAGGGGACUAGAGGAAGCGCUUCCCGACAAGCUUCACCCGACCGGCAAGGAGCCCGGCCAGAGCACGAACAAGUCGCACGCCGUCGAUCCCGACGCCUCCAUUGUGCCGAAGAAGCUCCAGGAGAAGCUCCCCGAGUCGGUGGAACGAGCUGUCCCCAACAUCAUUCACGACACUGGCCCCAAGAAAUAG